AUGACGAGCUUUCAAAAUGACACCAGUGCUAAAGUGUCGGGUCCUGCAUUCAUUGCAUGUAACGAGCAUGCGUCUAUCUAUGGUGUUGUUUGGGGAGCAACCGCAAUCUCGUUCCUCUUCAUCGCAACUCGCACCUUAGCGCCGAUUACCUGGGAAACACAGUUAGAUUCGAUGUAUUACAUCUUUGCGCUGGAGGACGGUAUGGUCCAGCCAACUCUGGAGGUGAUGGCCCGACUCUCGCGACUGGCUAGGGCCGAAUGCGCUAUCCUGAUUCUCUUCUACACAUGUCUCUGGUCCAACAAGGCCUCUUUUCUGAUCUUCUUCCGUCGCAUCGCCGGCACGGACCGCUCUUGGUCUAUUUGGUUCUGGUGUGUAGUGGGCCUGGUAGCGGGAACUUACUUGGUGUGUCUGGGAGACAUCCAGUACAACUGUCUCGUGAACAGCCAAGUAUACAUUCUAGAACACUGUGCGCAAAAAGCAGCUGGGCAAUUUGAGUUUCGAGCGCUGAUCACCAAUCUGGUGCUGGAUGUGAUAACAGAUGUCUGCAUCAUCAGUUUACCGAUUGCUCUAUUAUGGAACGUCCGAAUCCCAUUCCGUCACAAAAUGAUCCUUAUGGCUAUCCUCUCCGUAGCCGUGUUUAUCAUCAUUGUGGCCGUGAAUCCGGAUAUAUCUUGGCUUUGGAUGUGGAGCUUUAUUGAAGCCACGGUUGGUCGGGCCAACCUAUAUCUGACAUAUCCACAAUUCACCCCAACGUGUAAGCGACCCGGGUUCCACCGCGUUCAGACCUGGUCGUCGCGAGGUAGCUUAGAUGUUUAG